AUGUCCGCAAUCCAAGCCCUCCAAAUCCUCAGCAUCUCCACCGCCCUCCUAGCCUCCGGCGGCAUAGCAAGCCUCUCCCUCUUUGACGUGCCCCUCAUGCGCUCCCAACCAGCCUCCCGCUCCCUCCCCAUGAUACGCUGGCUCUUCAGCCGCGGCUCCCAUAUCUUCCCCACAGCCGCUUUCAUCUCCUCAACCGGCUUCGCCUACCUCGCCUACGCCUCCCUCCCCCCUACAACCCUCACACUCUCAACCCUGCUCCAACACGCUACAAAGGGAAAACCCGCCCUCUACCUCGCCGCCGCAGUCCUCACUAUCUCCAUUGCGCCAUGGUCCACGCGCGUCAUGGUCCCUACGAACUUCGAGCUCAUCAAGCGGAACGAGGAGUAUGGCGGGACGAGGAGCGCUGCGUCGGCGGAGUACCGUGCGCGGAAGGGGUUUGGACUGCGGAAUACGGAGGAGUCGGUGGAUGGGAAGGAGGAUGUUAGUCAGUGGACGGAUUUUAGUGGGCCGAUGGAGAAGACGCGGAGGGAUACGGGGGAGAGGGAAGAUAGGGAGGUUGGGGAGUUGUUGGAGAGGUUUGGAUGGAUGAAUGGGGUUAGGGCGGUGUUGAUGGGUGUUGGUGGGAUUGUGGGGUUGGCUGGGGCGUUGGCUUGA